AUGUACCGCGAAUUAACCAUCUCAAGCGGAGUCCCAGCUCAUAAAUUGCGCAAAGCUUUCAAGACCGGGAAGCUUUCGCUGACUGCAGCAGAACUAAAGGGAUCAGAUGCUAAACUACAUCUCCAUCCAGAAUCACAUGAGAAGGCGCUCAAAGCUAAGGAAGCCGGUCGUGGCGUUUGUCUCCAUAUCACGAGGCAUGAUAUCAAAAACAAGGCAGCCGAUGCCGCCGUUCCAGCGCUUGCAACUGCACUUGGUCAACCAGAACUCGCCGUGCCCGCUAGUGCAGGUCUAAAAACCUUUACAGGUGUAGGGUUGGACGGGUAUGAUAGCGAGGAGGAGGGUGGUCGUAUCAGUAUCGCUGACGAACGAGGCAUUCUCACGGAUAUCGCCGACGCUGGUGAGCGAUAUCUAGUUGGCAAGUCUAAUAAUAAAGAACACCACGAUAUGAUCCAUCAGGCAGUUGUCGAUGGUGAUGCUGGCUGUUGGGACUUCGAUUUGAAAGCUGUCGUCGAUGAUGACAAGCUCUGGUUUAUCACCCGGAGUACGUCUGAUAGCAUCUAUCUGAGGCGGAUGCUCGUGGAAAGUGAUGAACCCCUCAAGCUUAUCGCGGAGAUUGUCGUACAGCUCCUGGUGGGGAUUGCGUGCGAUGAUAUGGAGAUGUGCAAAUACGUGAGGAGAAUGCUUGAGAAUAUGAAAAACAAGGUUGUUCUUGCCUGA